CUCUACUGAAUUCCUUCUGCUUUAGCCAUGUUUCCCAUGAAAACUUACAUUACAGUUCCCAGAGUUUAUUGGGGUCUUCUUGUAUAGAGUUUAUCGGGUUUGAAUUGACCUUGCCUCUUGUUCUCCAUCUAAAAAUAAUGCAUAUUAUCACAACACAAUUACUCUCAACCAAAUUCCUCUGCCCUCAUAUUGCCGACCAUCCCCUUUCUUGGUUGCUUAGCAGGCAGCCUUGGCAGGCUGCUCUUGAAGCACUUGGCAGGCUCCAGCAGCUGCUGUAGACCCGGCACGGGGAGUGGUUAAAUGCUGCUCCUACCUAGACACAGACACAGUGGUUUGUAAUGUGCAACUGGAGAUGCUCACCUAAACAUUCUCAGGGAAACACUGGCAACUUUUAGCUGGGCAUUUAAUCAAAACAGACACAAACACUACGUGUACGGAGUGUUUCAAAUGUUUUCCUAUGAAAGCACCUGUGUGGAUACAGAAGCACUUUGCCCUGCCUUAAAGAUCAGGCAUGGGAAAUCUCCACUGAGGCUGUCUGAUUGGUUUCCCUUAGGCGAUUUUCAUCACUGGAAACGUUGCAUUACACAGAACUCUGUACUGGGGUCUCACAUCUGAAAACAUCUUCCAAAAAGGCUUUGGACUUCACCUUAAGAUUUCCACUUUAGAGACCACGUCAUUUUCCUUCCUGUGAGAAUAACAUGAACCAGAAGGUGUUAGCUUUCCUUCUCCCAAAUUUUUUAUUUGGGAUGUUUCUUUUUGGGUUUUUCUGUAAGAGACAAAAAAACCUAACAGGUGUUUCUCCUGAACCAACUGAAAAUUGGCUGGCAAUUCAAAGUGGUCGGAAAAACACUCUGGCUUCUGUCUGCCUGAAGAAUAACCUUAAUAAACCAAGAAGAGAACUGAAUUCUGGUGUUGCAAACCAGCUCUUUGUGGAGCACAAGCAUAAAUUUAUCUACUGUGAGGUGCCCAAGGUAGGCUGCUCCAACUGGAAGAGAACUAUUUUUCUUCUUCAAUCAGACUUGAAUUCAGAAGCUUCUGAAAUUGAGCACGACAUCAUCCACCACACCUCACUGAUCAAAAGGCUGGCGUCUUACCCUCCUGCCUUACAACAGGAAUUUCUAAGCAAGUACACCAAAGUGAUGUUCACCAGACAUCCCUUGGAACGGCUGGUUUCAGCUUACAGAGACAAACUCCUGCACUCUGAACCAUUCUACAGUACCACUGUUGCUAAUCAGAUUAAGGCAAUGUUCAGGAAAAAUAAAACUUCUCCUGGAAAAGUGAGUUUCCAGGAGUUUGUCAAUUUCAUUAUAGCAAAUCAACCACAUGCUCUUGACAUUCACUGGAAACCAAUGUUUCUGCUCUGUGACCCUUGCAACAUUCACUAUGAUAUUAUGGGUAAGUAUGAAACUCUUGGGUUGGACUCUGGGCAGGUUCUGAAGAUCAUUGGUGCACCAGAGCAGCUGCAAUACCCCAGCUUGAAGAGAUAUGGGUCAGAAAGUCGAACUAAUGGUUAUAUCACCUUGGAGUACCUCAGACAAUUGACCUCAGAACAAAUUGAGAAGAUAAAAAAAUUGUAUGAAAUGGAUUUUUUUUUGUUCAACUAUACUAUGAAAUAUGAGGAUUAUUUUUCCCUGAAUAACUAAAAUAGGUUAAACAAAGAACAGUUUCCUUUGUACAAAACGGGUGGAACUUGUCCUCGCAGGUGCUUGAUAGGUGUGUUGGUGACUGCUGCUGAGAUUAUCCUGGACUUUGUAAAUAUGGUUAAUCAUCCUAAGCACUCUUAUAAAAAAUCCCUGCCAUGACCUCUGGUACCAUUAGUACUGACUAUUACCUAUUAAAAUUAUUGUCUUCCUAUUGAUCUUUAACAGCUUACAUUUGUUUCAUGGAAACAGUUCAGAAAUGGUUGUAAAUAAAUAAACUUACCAAUUUUGGUCUACUGGUAAGAUAAAUGGGAAGGAUAAAGAGUGUUGUUUUUCACAAUUAAUAUAUUAGAAUUCUGUUUUAUGUAAUUUUUUAUUUAGAAAAACACAUAAGCAAUAAAUAAUCUGCUUGAGAGUUAAA